AUGGCCUCCAUCCCCUUCAUCGGCCGCCUGCACCUCUACGAAUACCUCGCCCUCACCCUCUCCUUCAUCCUGGUCAUCCUUGAGACGGUAUUCCGAACCAUCACACUCCUCCUCCCAGGACCUAUCAUUCGCUUCUUCUACAACCUUUCCCGCAAGCUCUUCAACACCCUCUCCUCGCCCUACAGUCGUCGCGCCCGGAAUAAGAAGAAAGCCGUCUCCAGUCCCAUAGCCCAGGCGCAGGAUUUUGUAGAAUUAUGUAAUCUCUACGGCUACUAUGCCGAGGAACAUAUCGUGCAGACAGGUGAUGGCUACUUACUCGGUGUACACCGUCUCGGGUGGAGGAAAGGCGAGGAGGACCAGCGGGUCAAUGGUGGGGUGGGCAGUGUGCAGAAGAAAGUCGUCUAUCUCCACCACGGUCUCCUCAUGAACAGCGAGGUCUGGGUCUGCCUGACAGAGAAGGAGCGCUGUCUCCCUUUCACACUUGUCGACCAGGGCUACGAUGUCUGGCUUGGAAACAAUCGCGGCAACAAGUACAGCAAGAAGAACCUCCACUAUGCGCCCACUCAGACCCAAUUCUGGAAUUUCAGUAUGGAUCAGUUUGCUUUUCAUGACAUUCCGGAUAGUAUCAACUAUAUUCUCAGUACUACCCAGCAGCCGAGUCUAAGCUACAUCGGCUUCAGCCAGGGCAGUGCGCAGGCCUUCGCAACACUAUCUAUCCACCCGACCCUCAACAACAAGGUCGAUGUCUUUGUCGCUCUCGCACCCGCCAUGGCACCGCCUGGUCUUGCUUCUGGCGUUGUGGCAUCGCUAUGCAAAUCUAAUCCAGAAGUCCUCUUCCUCGCCUUCGGCCGACGCGCUAUGCUGGGUAGUGCGACAAUGUGGCAGGCCCUAUUCUACCCGGGCAUCUUCGCCUGGUUCAUCGAUAAGUGUUUGCUCUUCUUAUUUGGCUGGAAGACGAUGAAUAUCACUCCGCAUCAGAAAUUGGCCGCAUACCCACAUCUGUAUUCUUUCACGAGUACGAAGAGUGUGGUGCACUGGUUCCAGAUUAUUAGGAAUGGCACGUUUCAGAUGUAUGAUGAUGAGGUAUCGACCCCACUCGCGAUAGGGAAUGGGAGCAAAUACUACAAAGUUGCCAAGUUUCCCACCAGGAAUAUCAAGACGCCGAUUGUGCUGGUGUAUGGUGGCUCAGACAGUCUGGUAGAUAUCAAGCUUAUGCUUGCCGAACUCCCGAAACAUACUAUCGCCAAGGAGAUCCAAAAGUACGAGCACUUGGACCUACUCUGGGCCAGCGACGUUGACACUCUCGUCUUCCCGCACGUACUGGAGGCGCUGGAGAGUUAUGCGGCGCCUUCGCAGACGAAGCACGCAGCAUUAGGAUGGCGUACCGUCAACCGUGGGAUCUUGGAUCGGGCACAGCUGGGUACUUCGGAGAGUCCAAAUGGCAGUCUUCCACCAGGCUACAGCGAAGACGAGUUUGCAACACACAACACUUCGAGUCUGCGGAACAAUCGACAGAUAUCAGGCAGUGUAGCAGCAGCUUUCGAUUUCGGCCUUGAUGAUCGCCCGAGUACGGCCGAGGAGCACUUGGACGAGACGGAUCUUGAGGACGAAGAAGAAGAAGAAGAAGGUGAAAAUACCGGCGCCGAAAGCUUCGCUCUCACGCCGGCUUCGGUGCCCAGACAUGGUGCGGCAGGGAGGGUACGUCCACUCUCCCCCUCCAGCGAGACCAGUACGGUGAUCAACUACAGACAGGCGAGCACCACCACCCCGUCUCGCCAGAAACGUGCACGGCGUGAAGAAGAUGCUGAGGCUGAGGCGAGUCAUAGACGCACCAUGGGAUUGUCACCCGCGCGCCCUACUACCACCACCACCACGACGAUGAUGAACAGCAACGAUAUGGGGUUGACGACACCCGACAGGCGGAUCCUCUCACCUCGCCGCCUGCGAUUCCCGCCCGAGCAGUCGAGCGAUCUUCAAUCGGCUCCUCGAGCUCUACUACAGCAAGAGACCACUUCGCCGCUCUCGGCUUCGACAGCGAGUCCUAUGUCGCUUUCGGACAGAGUCAGGAUAAGCGGUGGCCGUCGGGAUCACAGCAGGGAGGAGGGGCAGGCGGAGCAUCAUCGUCAUCCUCAUGGCACCGACGUAUCAAAAGUGGCUGAGACCCCGGCAGCGAGGACGAAGAAAAGAAGGAAUAGAGAUAGUUUGAAUGGUAGUGACGCUAGUGCCACUGUUAUCGGCGCGGGGUUUGAUCAGGGUAGCGCAAGUGGGAGUGGAAGGAGGAGGCCGGAGGGUUGGUGGAGUUCCACUAGUAAUUCCAUGGAAUCGUUGAGGGAUGUCGAGGAUAAUGGUGGAGAUCAUAGGGGUGGCUGA